AGAAAGAGGAGUACAGUCAGCUGGGAAGGGUGGUUCUCAUUUCUUCCCUCUACACCUUAAAAUGGAUCAAAAUAUGGGAAGAAAAAAAAGGCACGACACAACCACCACCUGAAGGUCACUUCUAGCAACGACUCCAACCCUGCAACGAACUAUGAUUGGUCCCAUAUAAUGCGCCAAAUCGAGGUUGUACUGUAUGUGAGAAAAUGGAAGGAUGUCAUCAGCAAAAGAUCAUGCAGGUGGAAUCAGUCCCACUCAGAAUGCAGUAAGGCUACUAGCAACCCUUCUAAAGUAACAAGCGCUUUAUGGAAACAGCUCAGUGAGGAAUGUGAUACUAAUAUUAAAGCUCCUCUUUCACAUGCAACAUACCCAACAGAUAAAAAGGUCUCUCCAAAUGAGAGGAAUACUUCUAUAAAUAAUUCUUCAUUCCAAUCACAAGAUUUAUGGCAUACAUUGCACUGUCCUGCUUCAUUACAAAAUGAUUUUAACCACCAAAUAAUGCAAAAAGAUCCAUGGGAGCCAUUAACUACAGAUCAAGGAUCUCAUGAUCUGACAGAUAUUUUUAAUUCGAACUUUACUGACGAUAUAUUUAGAAAGUCCAACACAGAUGUAAAUGUGAUUUCUAUCAUAGGUAAUGAAGAAAAUAUUUACCCUUCGUUUUUCAAGGAUAUGAGUGAUAACAAAUUUGACUCUAGCGUAACCUGUGUUGAUGUAAAUGACUCGACAAACCCAAUAAGUCAACUGUUCCCAUCAAAUCCUUGUCUCGCUGACAGUAUAUGGAAUGAAAGUUCAAAAACACCAGCUGACAGUGCCUUUCCUUUUACUUCUGGAAAAGAUUCGUGUGGGUUACAUACAUCAAUGUCAUGGGAUAAUGCAAUUUCUUCAGGAUCUCAAAAACGAGUGUUGCAAGAUUUGGAGACUAAUAACCAGUGCUCAGUUAUUGGCCCUCCAAAGACAUGCCAUCCAUAUUCACUCCGGACAGCAAGAGAUUUUGUAUCUUCUCACAAACUGCCUUCAUCUUGUAAUGCUGGCGUUCCAGAGUCAUACAGCAAUCAGGGAGCAACAGUUGUUUUCCCUCAGAAACAACACACAGACUUGGUUGCUUUAAUGCAAGAACUGUCGAUGAUUGUUGGAGCAACGGAUGCCGGACAUCUUUUACAAGAUGGAAGUAUGUUACAUGCUUACACACAGCAAAAAACUCCAGUCAUGACUCCAGUGACUACUACUUCUAAAGGAUGUGUAUUUUGUAAGAACAAUAACUACCACUCCACCUUCUAUAAAUCCCAUUCAUUAAAGGAUGAACGUGGUCAUUGUCAGUGUCCUGUGUUGAGGCUAUAUGUCUGUCCUCUCUGCAGUGCUACUGGUGAUUUUGCUCACACAUUGAAAUAUUGUCCACGAAAUACUGUGACUAGAGGAGACCCAAUCUCAGCAGGCCUUCCACCUGGGAAGGUCACAAAUUGGAGGGAAGUAGCAAAUAGAAUGUUGGGACGAUAUAAUUCAAAUCACUGAUAUUUUGCAAUAUUGUUGACCACUUGUUGACUGGAAUGCAGUAUUAAAUAUUGCCAUCUACACCAGACUACCUUCAUGUUGUUAUUUAAGCACUACAUUGAACCACACGCACCUGGAAGGACAAAUUUCAUGACUACUAUUGUUAUGCAUCAUUUAUUUAAUGGCCUUUUCAUAGUGUACAUAUACUUUCAUAGUCACAAAUUUAACAAAUAUUUUAUGUAGGUUUAAUAAUAUUCAGUGUUAAUACCUGAAAAUUUAAAGAAUCAAAAUAUAAAUUGACUUCUAUAAUCAUGACAAGAUAUUUAAGACCAUUGCAAUAAAUUUGAUUUUUAUUCAUGUUGAUUGCCUCUACUAGAUGUCCUAAAUAUGUAGUUAUCUGUAUUUUUAAUAUAAGUAUUUAUGGAAAGAUAUGGAAUAUAGUUUUAUAGUAUAUAGUUGAAAAAGAUGGUAUUUUUGUAAUGUCUGGAAGCUUGAUAACAUAAUUUUAAUAUUUUGUUUUUAAUGUCCUCACGGAUAUUAUGGUGAUAUAGAACAGUAAAUGGAAAAUUUGUUGAAUCAUUACAUAAUGAAACUUUUAUACAAGUGUAUUAAGUUUUGUUGAAAGAAUAUUUCUGAAUUAUGAACUUAUGUAUAUUUGCUUUUUGAUAGAUGUUUAUGUGUAGGUAGAUCUACAUAUGUUGCAAUAGUGGUAUUUAUAGUAUUUUGUUGUUAAUUCAUUCUUGCAUUUAUUAGAAUGCAAAUGCAGCUGUCCUCUGUAGUGGUCAUGGAAUCCUCUAUAUUUGGUUAAGAGACAAUUUUUACUUGACUGUAUAAUGUCUUUUAAUAUCAAAAUACACAAAAUUGGUUCACAUUUUUAUAGUGUAUGUAAAAUUUCAUAAUUUACAUAUUAUUGUAUAUUGUAAUAUGUGAUUAUAGUGAUGCUGUGAUAAUUCAUCAGUACAUUGUUGAUCUUUCUUAAAUACCACAUCAAAGAUUAUGCUAUAUUAAGUUGUUUAACUUAGUGUGAGAAAUCUUUAUGGUCAAAUAGGAUGUUAAACGAUUGACUAACACAUAAGGAAAUUUUUUGUAAUGCUUUUGACAUUAUUUGUUUAAUGACAAUCAUAGGAAAAAUUACUGUACACCAAGUUACUAAUGGAAAUAUAUUGCUCCCAAUCAUCUUCAAUUAAUAUACUGUGCUUGGUACACUUUUUGAUAAUAUAUAGAAGGAUAUCAAUUGAAAAUAUAUAACACAAUAAAUUUAUAAAUGCAGAAAACAAAUUUAAGACAAAUCUUGGAGCACAAGAUUGGCAAAAAGCAUAAAUUUAUCUACUUAAACCCUUAUUUGUAAUAUUUAUUUAGAAAAUGCUUUUGAUGUAUUCCAUAUCCUCACUAUACCUUACUAGUUUAAAGGAAUAAAAUAAAAAUUUUUGUCUUAUUGGAAUUACAGUACGGAUACUGUGUGUCUUUGUGAAAUGCAUAUUGGCUAAACUUUAUUUAUUUUUGAUGGUUGUAUAAUCUACUUGUAAAGGGUACCUGAAUUAUUUUUAAGAGAUUUCUUUAUUUGUUAUUGCUGCCCUGACAUUAAUUGAUAUACAGAUAAAAUACUAUAAAAAGUUUUCUCCAUGUAUUGUAAGAGCUUAGUAAUUUGGAAUUAAAAAUGGCAGAAAA